AUGGCCCUACUGCUGUCGAUCGCAUCCUUCGGAGCGCUUGUGCAUGCUCACGACCACAAUGGCGGCGAGAGCCACAUUCCCGAGGGAGAGGCGAUAUCGUUUGAUCCCAUCGACAAUAUUCUCUGGAUCCACAUCUUAAUCCAGAUGCUCGCAUACGGCAUCAUAUUCCCAAUCGGCAUGGUCUUUGGUAUAACCAAGUCUCGAUGGCACGUCCCAACGCAAGUCCUCGGCUCUGUUCUCGCCGUCGUCGGUUUCUUUCUCGGGCAUGCGCACAAGGGACGCGAGUUUGUCGAACACAAUGUGCACUCGAUUUUUGCCAACAUUUUGCAGCUCUUGCUUGUCGGCCAGGUGGUGCUUGGACUAUAUCUGAAGCUCCACUGGGAGAAGGGCGUCCUGGGCGUGAUUCGCAAGUUUGUCCGACCCUUCCACUCGAUCAUCGGAAAAGCAAUGCCUCUCCUGGCCUGGGUGCAGAUGAUCUUUGGAGGCAUUACAACCCUCGGCUUCUGCCAGGGCGACCAUGUCGGCCAAUGCGCCGCUCAUUUUAUCAUGGGUGGCGCAUUUAUCGCUUAUGGCAUCAUCUUGACUAUUAUCCUCCUUGCGGGACAGGCUUGGGUCCGUCGCACUGGCCGAUCCCAAGAGUUUUACGACAGCUCUAUCAUUGCUAUCUGGGGCUGCAUCAAUACUUUUACGGAGCAUCGCUGGGGCACCGCCUGGGUCAAGAAUGAUUGGCAGCACACUACAAUGGGUGUCAUCUGGUGGUGUGCCGGCUUGGCCGGUAUCUGGCUUAGCCGAGAUCGCGACGGCAACCCGAAGCGCAACUUUAUUCCGGGAUUCGUCAUUUUCAUUACCGGCUGGGGCAUGUCUGCUCACCCUCAAGAGCUGAUGGUCAGCGCCAUGACCCAUUCCAUGUUUGGCUAUACUUUGAUGGCUGCCGGUCUUACACGUAUCAUUGAAAUUGCCUUUGUCCUGAAGGAUGCUCAGUCUCUAGCUGACGAUGGUCGUUCGUGGAAUAGCUUCCAGUUCAUCCCCGUUUUUCUCUUGUACGCCGCCGGUUUCCUCUUCCAAGGUGCGACUGAACAACAAAUGGCCCUCCUCGACGGCUCUAGCAUGGACGUCAUUUCUUAUAUCCUGAUCCUAUACUCUCUCGCGUUUUUAAUGUUCCUGUUCGUCAACAUGCUCAUCCACCUGCAUGACCGCCUCUCCAACCCCCCGCUGAAUACCAAGGGAUUCACUAAUGGCCAUACCCACCUGAACGGACGAGCAGUAGAAGAUGGCCAUAUCCAGGCAGCAGAGGAGUUUGAGCUUGAUGGCUUAACAUCCGAUGACGAGGACGAUGAGAGGCAGGGAAUGCUAGCAGGAGAAGGGAGCCAUGCCCCGAAGCGAUCCGCUGCAGCUCAAUCAUGA